AAUCAAAGAAGAAAAAAAUACACAAAGAAGAAACAAUAAAUUAAAAAUUCAAGGGAAAAUUAAAGGAAAAGAAUAAAAUAUUGUAAAAAGACAAAAAAAUAAAAAAUAAAUUAGUUCUCAAAAAAAUAAUUAAAAAUUAAUUAAAAAAAAACUUUUUAGGAAAAUUAUAAAUAACAAAACAAAAGAAAAUAAUUUAAAUUAAACUAUUUAUAAAAUAUUUUAAUAUUUAAAAUAAAUUAUUUAAAAAAAAUCAAUAUAAAAACAAAUUAAAAAAAAAAAAGAAAAUAUAAAAAAGAACAAAAAAUUCAUUCAUAAUAUUCUUUCAUAUAUAAUUCUGACACAAACGUCAAAAAAAUUAUUUUGACACAACACAAAGAAAGAUUGAAAAAAUAGAAGAAAAAAAUCCUUUCGUUUUUUAGUUAAUAAAUAGGAAAAAAAAUAAAAUAAAAAUAAGUGAAUAAAAUAACAUUAAAAUUAAAAAAUAAAUUAGACAAAACAAAUUAUAAAAAAUAAUAUUAAAUAAUUAAAGAGCAAAAAAAAAAAAGACAGAAAAAAAAAACCAAACCAAACUUAAUUUAUACCAAAAGAACGAAAAAAAAAACAAGAACAGAGAAAGGAAAGAAAAUAGUUAAUUAAAUAAAAAUAAUUAAAAAAAAAAAAACAAUUAGAAAAUUAAAUUCAUAUGUAGAAAAAAAAAGGUUUAUGCAUGAUAAUAGACAUCAAAGAGGAAGAAACGUGCAAGCUCAAGGAAUUUACAAUAACUCGUUUUUUAUGCACGCUGCUACAUCAUUUGUCGGAAAUUUGGUUCAAAUUCAAACUUUAUCUGGUAGUAUUUAUGAGGGCAUUUUUAAAACAUUUUCUCCUAAAUUUGAGGUUGCAUUAGAAUUGGCUCAUUGUAUUAAAAAUAGUAAAAAUUUAUCAGAUGAUACAAAAAAUUUGCCUAAUUAUAUGAUAUUCCCGCCGGAUCAUAUCGUAAAUAUUUCAGCAAAAGAAGUUGAUAUUGAUUAUGCAACAGGGGAUACAUUUCAAACUGAUAGCGCAAUAUCAGCAAGGUGUAACGGAUCAAGACAAGAAGAGAAAGAAUUAGAACCCUGGGAACCAUACGGUGGUCCAUUUAAUGGUGAUAUAGAUUUGGAAUUAGAUGGAAACGCAAAUGGCUGGGAUGCAAAUGAAAUGUUUAAUAAAAAUGCUGAAAUGUUCAAUGUUAAAACAACAUUUGAUGAUUCAUUGUCAGAUUAUACAGUUCAAAUAGAAGUAAAAGAUUCACAAGAAUAUAAAGAAGCUGAAGCAAAAGCAGAAAAAUUAGCUCAAGAAAUUGAAAAUGAUCCAGGAUGUAGAGAAAGAUUAGAUUUAGAAAACGGUGACGAAGAAUCAUUAUUUGCUUCAGUUGAGAGAACCUCUAAUAAUUUAAAUAAUACUGAACAAGCUACACAAGCAAUUGAAAAAAAUAUUCAACAAAUAGCUACACCUCCUCCAAUAAUAUCAAAUACGCCAACCACUAAUAUUCAACAAAACAAUAUACAACAACAGCAACAACAACAACAACAACAACAGCAACAACAACAACAACAACAACAACAGCAGCAGCAACAACAACAACAGCAACAACAACAACAACAGCAACAACAACAGCAACAGCAGCAGCAACAACAACAACACCAUCAACAACAGCAAUCGACUCAUCAAGUCCAACAACCUCAACACAGUUAUCAAAUACAGCAGCAACAGCAGCAACACCAACAACAGUUACAACAGCAACAGCAGCAACAACAACAAAUACAGUCUCAGCAUCAAAUUCAUAGCCAACAACAAACACAACAGCAUCAACAGCAGUUAUCUCAGCAAAUACAAUCCCAACAACCGGUAUCGAAUCAACAACAACAAAAUAUUAAUAUGUCGAAAAAUUCAAACACAAUGGAUAAGUACGUAUCACCCCCAAAACGUAAAAAUUUACAAGCUCCUACAAAAUUAACACGUAGUGGUAAUUCAUCAAAUAAUAAUAAUGGACCGAUGUCGCAACAUAUUUCGCAUAGUAAUACAAAAAAUAAUAAUUUCCAAUCCAUGCCUAUGCAAAAUCCAAAUUCCUAUGCUUUAAAUCAGGGAUAUGCUCAUGUGCAUGGAGGAUCGCAGUUUAGGCAUUCUUCAAAUGUAACUCAGUCAAAAAUAAAUGGUGACGGUAGCUCAAGCAACAGUAAUAAUAAACCACUUCCACAAAGAACUAUUAGGCAAUAUCCAUCUCAUACUAGCAAUCAUAGCUAUAUUGAUCAACAAAGUGGGCCGAAUUCGGUUAGUAAACAUUCUGUUCACAAUCAACAUCACGUAUCACAUCAGCAAGUAUCGAAUAAUAUUCAAGAACAAAAUGUUCAAAAUUCGCAUUUACCUCAUACAACUCAUCAUAAUUCUAUUCAAAGUGGUAAUAUAAAUUCUCAAAUUCAGCAAAAUCAACCGCCACCUAGACAACAAAGAGGUAGAGAAGAUCAAAUACAAGAAUUGAGGAAGUUUCAACAAGAAUUCCAAUUGGUUAAUUCUAAUCAGCAGCAAUCUCAUUCACAUCAACCUCAGAUAAAUCAUGUCAAAACACCAAGUGUGUCUCCACAUCAGCCACAACCACAACCAUCAACAUCUCCCCCGCAACAGCAACAGCAACAGCAAUUAAGUGGAAUUCCACAACAACAUAGUUUACCGAAUGUUCAUCAUCAUCAAAAUACACCCCCACAGCAUCAUUCGCAACAGAUUCAACAACAACAACAAGAUAAUAUGCAAUCUAUUCAACAACAAAAAGUUCAGAAUCAUUUAAAUCAGCAAUCUCAGCAACAGUCGGAUCAGCAUUCAUAUCCAAGUACACAAGUGCCCCAACAUCAACAACAACCACAACCGCAAUCGGUUCCAAGUAAUAUUAUGAUGACUAGUAAUAAUACGCCUGUAGUAUCAAAUGUUUCUCAACAAAUUUCACAAAAUAUGGGUGGAAUCAAUUCAAAUCAUAAUUCGACUAAUGAUACAUCUUCGAUGGGUGAAAAAAUGCCACCCCCAACAGGAGUGGUUAAGAAAACACACGUUUUGAAUCCGGCAGCGAAACCGUUUACGCCACGAGGUCCAAGUACACCAAAUCCUUCGAGGCCUCAUACGCCUCAGACUCCCGGUCCGGCUAUGACACCAGGAGUAUACGCGACAGGGCAUGUUGCUACUGGACCAGUAUAUGUUAUGCAACCGCAAACAUCUUUUCAGCCAGGACCACAUCCACAUGCCGGCACUCAAAAUCGUUUGAGAAGGGCUCCAAUCACAACUGCUCAAAUGCAAGUAUCUGCAGCCGCAGCUACUGGCCAACCUUUACUGACAACAGGGCCGACGUUACAACCAUUUGUUCAUUACCAACAAUCGCCACAUCCGCCACCUUUUCAAUCUCCUAAUUAUCCACCCAUGAUGAGAAUGCAUUAUGAACAGCCACAACAACUGCAGUUUUUAACUCAGACACCACCAUCAACAACACCUUCGCCAGGUCAACCACAUCAACCUUUCCAUUCAGCUUCUCAACCAUCCCCUGCUGGCGGGGGACCACCAGCGUUUGGACCGCCGACACAACCUCAAUUUCAAGUUGUAUGUCCUAUGCUCCCUCAUCCGUCGCUUGUUCCGAAUUAUUAUCAAGGUGUGCAAAGUCAAAACCCACACCAUACUCAACCAUUUCAAGUUAUAAUGCAACAACAGCAUGCGCCCCAAUAAAAUUGAAAGGAAUUCAAUAUAAAAAGUACGAAGAUUUGCUUAAAAAAUUAUUAUUCUUAAUUAAAAAAAGGUUAUUUCUGAUAUGUUAGAACGGGAAAAAUAUUUGAAACAUGCUUGAGUGUCUAGUAAAACAAAAAAAAAGUUCUAAAAAUUAUUAAAAACAAAAAAAAAAAUAAACAAAAUAAAAAAACAAGAAAUCUUUAAAAAAGACACAUCAAAAAUAAAAAA